GAUCGUGUUGUUUUUGUGUAGGUGACUGAUAACCUGUUUUAUGGUGGGUUAUUAUUUCGUUUUGUAGGCUACGAUUGAGAACCUAACCCCGAGGUCAGGGUCAAUUCAACGGACUUGCCAACUCUCCUUCCCCAACCUGUGCAGGCGGAUAAGUCUCUUCCCUCUCGUCGUUUUCAGGACUUAUAGCUAGCCACUGGAAGGUCUGGUGGUGGUGGGGGGGCACAUGUGAUUAUAAUGGCCCUCCUACCCUUCUCACAGAAAUGAUCAAAUGAUAUGUAAGCGGAUUGUAGGUGUGUGAGCGAGCAGCAGCGUUGUUACAGUGUGGCGAUGGAAGGUUUUUGUGGCUCGGUGCGCCGCUACUUCCUGGUAAAACAGAAAGAGGCAGUGCUGAGUUAAAGAGACCGAAUAGACAUUUAGAUCAAAUACUGAGAGGGAAACACUUGGUCUGUUUCCAGAAAACCUUCGUUCUCUUGUGUAUGUAUCCUCUUGUUAUUUCAACGAUUCGAGGUUUUUUUUGGGCGGGGGGGCGCGAAUCAAAAUUUAGUGUGGAUGCUGAAGGAAGGUCCGGUUGGUUGCGGAUAAAAAGGAACCGUAGCGGGGAGAACACAGCCCUUCCAACGGCGGAGAAGCGUCGCACCAUUUAGGGGUUUUCAUGACAACGUCUUUGGCUAUUAUUUCGUAUUUUCGAUAGACGAGGAAGUUCAAUGGAAGAUAUGAGUUGUUUGGGCAACAGCAAGACUGAAGAUCAACGCAUCGACGAAAAGUCACAACAAGAGGCGAAUAAAAAAAUUGAAAAACAGUUGCAAAAAGAAAGACGAGCGUAUAAAGCGACGCACCGGCUGUUAUUAUUGGGUGCUGGAGAGUCCGGGAAAAGUACCGUUGUGAAGCAGAUGAGGAUUCUACACGUCAAUGGUUUUAACGCAGAAGAAAAGAAACAGAAAAUCCAAGAUAUUCUGAAAAACGUGAAGGAUGCCAUAGUGACGAUAGUGUCAGCCAUGAGCACCCUGAAACCCCCGGUCUCUCUCGCCAACCCCGAAGACCAGUUCAGAAUCGAAUACAUCAAAAGCAUAGCUCCUCUCUCGGACUUUGACUACACACAGGAGUUCUUUGAUCAUGCCAAGAAGCUGUGGGAUGACGAAGGAGUGAAGGCGUGCUUCGAAAGGUCCAACGAGUACCAGCUCAUCGACUGUGCACAAUAUUUCCUGGACAGAAUUGACUCAGUAAGACAAGGAGACUACAGUCCCACAGACCAGGACCUGCUACGAUGCAGAGUGUUAACUUCAGGGAUAUUCGAGACCCGAUUCCAGGUAGACAAAGUCAACUUUCAUAUGUUUGAUGUUGGCGGACAGAGAGACGAAAGGAGAAAAUGGAUCCAGUGCUUUAAUGAUGUGACUGCUAUCAUCUUUGUGGUUGCCAGCAGCAGCUACAACAUGGUCAUAAGAGAGGACAACAACACCAACAGGCUACGGGAAGCCCUGGAUCUCUUCCGCAGUAUCUGGAAUAACAGAUGGUUACGCACUAUAUCGGUCAUAUUAUUUCUGAACAAGCAGGACAUGUUGGCUGAGAAGGUAUUAGCUGGAAAAUCCAAAAUCGAAAACUACUUCCCUGAAUAUGCCCGCUACACCUUACCCAAUGAAGCAACUCCUGGUGAACCUGGUGAAGACCCCAAAGUGACUAGAGCUAAGUUUUUCAUCCGAGACGAGUUCCUGAGGAUCAGCACAGCCAGUGGAGAUGGCAGACACUACUGCUACCCCCACUUCACCUGUGCUGUGGACACGGAGAACAUCAGGAGAGUCUUCAACGACUGUCGAGAUAUGAUUCAGAGGAUGCAUCUGAGGCAGUACGAACUCUUGUGAAGGAAUGGACAGACAGACAGACACAUAUAUACACACACACACACACACCCAUCAAGCCUUCUGGGGUUUUAUUCAACCAUUUUGCAUCCUCGACCCCAAAAACUGACCUGCCCCUUCCUAACCCCACCCUCUGUCCCGUCCCUCUGUCCUGAUGGGGACUACUAAGUACUACUGAGGUGACAUCCUCUUCCUCUUGUUGGGAGACUGACUGAGGUGACAUCCUCUUGUUGGGAGACUGACUGAGGUGACAUCCUCUUCCUCUUGUUGGGAGACUGACUGAGGUGACAUCCUCUUCCUCUUGUUGGGAGACUGACUGAGGUGACAUCCUCUUCCUCUUGUUGGGAGACUGACUGAGGUGACAUCCUCUUCCUCUUGUUGGGAGACUGACUGAGGAGUCAUGCUCUUGUUGGGAGACUGACUGAGAUGACAUCCUCUUCCUCUUGUUGGGAGACUGACUGAGGAGUCAUCCUCUUGUUGGGAGACUGACUGAGGUGACAUCCUCUUCCUCUUGUUGGGAGACUGACUGAGGUGACAUCCUCUUCCUCUUGUUGGGAGACUGACUGGGGUGACAUCCUCUUGUUGGGAGACUGACUGAGGUGACAUCCUCUUCCUCUUGUUGGGAGACUGACUGAGGUGACAUCCUCUUCCUCUUGUUGGGAGACUGACUGAGGAGUCAUGCUCUUGUUGGGAGACUGACUGAGAUGACAUCCUCUUCCUCUUGUUGGGAGACUGACUGAGGUGACAUCCUCUUCCUCUUGUUGGGAGACUGACUGAGGUGACAUCCUCUUCCUCUUGUUGGGAGACUGACUGAGGUGACAUCCUCUUCCUCUUGUUGGGAGACUGACUGAGGAGUCAUCCUCUUGUUGGGAGACUGACUGAGGAGUCAUUCCUCCUUUUCACAGACAUGAAGGAAUGGAAGGGGAGUUUCCUGAGGUUUCCUGAAGCCUGAGGUUUCCUCCUCCUCCUCCUGUACUGCCGGGACAUGUUGUUGGAUUGGGCUAGUGGACUGACUCUUGCUGGCUGGCUGGCUGCCUAGGUGGGAGGUGGUGUGUACUGGACUGACUGACUGACUGACUGGCUGGCUGGCUGGCUGGCUGGCUGGCUUGCUAGGUGGGUGGUGUGUACUGGACUGACU